GGUUUGCUGAUUUAAUAUUCCCCAGAGAUAGAUUGCGCAUGUAUUUGAAAAUUAGCGGCAAUGUUGUUCUAAAAUCACAACAGCCGUGGCAACGACUUUAUCUAAACAUAACAACAGCUGCCUACUAAAAUUCACAUGUCCCACCACAGUGCGUAGUGUAUAAAAGCAAUUAUUUUGGGCCGAUCGACAUUUUAUUGCUCAGAAUUGAGCCAGACGAAGAUAAUGAGGACGGGCAAAAUUAAUUCAUUUUUCUUGGUGUCAUUAAUUCUUCUCCAAUACUUUGUUUGUGAGUCUCAAGCAAAUAUUAGUCUCGGAACUUGUCAGCUUUCAUGUGAUGAGAACGAAAACCAGCUCCCUUCUCGCGUAAGAGGUCCACCUGGACCACCGGGAAAGCGCGGCCCAGUAGGAAAUCGCGGAUUAGUUGGACCGAAAGGGUCACCAAGUAGUUGCUGCGAAGAUCUAGUUGAACGAAACGAACAGCUUGAACGUCAAGUUCAGGAGUUAAAUGAACGGACAUUCCCACGGGACUGUGCAGCCGUAAAGAAUCACGUGAUAUCAAGUGGAACUUACAUGAUUUAUCCGUUCAAUGAAAGUAAACAAGGAGUCCAAGUGUAUUGUGAUCAAGAAACCGAUGGAGGCGGUUGGAUUGUAAUACAAAGAAGACUUGACGGAACUGAAGAUUUUUACCGUAACUGGAAUGACUAUGUCUCAGGUUUCGGUUACAAAGAACGAGAAUUCUGGCUAGGACUCGAGACAAUGCAUAGAAUAUCCACCAAUGGUCUUCAUGAGAUUCGAUUCGACUUUAUCACAAGAGACAACGAAAAAUUAUUCGCAAAAUAUGGACAAUUUCAAAUUGCUGGAGCAGAAGACAAUUUUCGAAUAACAAUUACCGGAUAUUCGGGAAAUGCAGGCGAUUCAAUGGCGCACCAUAACAACAACCAAUUUACAACGGAGGAUCAAGAAAACGACAAUGACCCAGGAAAAAAUUGCGCUGUAGCAUACAAAGGGGGUUGGUGGUACAACUGGUGCCAUCAUGCUAAUUUGAAUGGUUUAUACGCAGACACGACAUCGACCAAGGGUUUAUCCUGGUGGAAGUGGAAAAAUUCAUACACUCCAUUUGCCAAAUUUGUAGAAAUGAAGAUCAGGAAACGCAGAGACUAAACAGCGUGGCACAUUUUUAAUAGUAUAGAUUAAUAUAGUUCAUACCAUCCAUCUACGUACAGGGUGUCAAUAAAGUUGCGCACCGAGGUAAAUAUCAUAAUCCCAAAGAUACAAAACCUUGGAAAUAUUCGAACUUGAUAAACAGUCUUCUCUGAUUCAUCAUGAUAACAUAUUAAAAUUCGGCAUACAUCGGCGUCAUUAUGGAUUGUGAGUUUUACCUUGGUUCGCAACGUUAUAGCCGCCCUGUAUUGUACAAUCAAAGAAUUUCCUGCUCUAUUUAGAUGUCAAUUUGUGCCUAGAUGUUUUUAUGAGUGUCAAGAGUAUCAUGUUGCCAGACUAAUAGUACUAACAGAAGGAGUUUGUAUACAUUUUCAUUGUCAACAUAUUACGAUUGCUUUGUUUUGAGUCUCACCUAAAAUAUAUUAACUUUCAUAACAUAAUUCGACUUUUCAUUAUGGACCAAUAGGUAAGAUUUAUCAAUGUUCCACGCCUGUUCUGUUGAUUAAGACUGAAGCAUACUCUCUAAUUGUAACGAACGAA